AUGGUGAACGAGAACCUUCCUCGCUGGGUGACGGACCCGGAGGACAGGCUGGUGCACAUCAACGUCGGGGGCCUGAAGAGGAGCCUGUGCUCCAGCACUCUGCGCAAGUUCCCAGACACGCGUCUGGGCCGGCUGCUGGCCUGCCACUCCGAGGAGGACAUCCUGCAGGUGUGCGACGACUACGACGUGCAGCAGGGCGAGUUCUACUUCGACCGCAACCCGGGGCUUUUCCCCUACGUGCUGCACUUCUACCAGACGGGCAAGCUGCACAUCAUGGAGGAGCUGUGCGUCUUCUCCUUCUGCCAGGAGAUCGAGUACUGGGGCAUCAACGAGUUCUUCCUGGACAGCUGCUGCAGCUACCGCUACCACGACCGCAAGCUGGAGAACCGCCACAAGAACUGGGACGAGGAGAGCGACGUGAGCAGCGUUGACACCUCGGUGGAUGAGAUCUCCGACCUCAACAAGGACAUCCUGCAGUUCCAGGACAUGCGCUGCGGGAACCUGAGGAAGUGCCUGUGGCUGACGCUGGAGAACCCGGGCUACUCCAUCCCCAGCAAGCUCUUCAGCCUGGUGUCCAUCGGGGUGGUGCUGACCUCCAUCGCCAUCAUGUGCAUCAACAGCAUCCCCGAGUACCAGACGUUCGAUGAGAACGGAAACAUGCUGGAGGACCCUACCAUGCAAGCUCUGGAGCUCUUCUCUAUCUGCUGGUUCACCUUCGAGGUGGUGACGCGGAUGCUGCUGGCGCCCAACAGGCGCAAGUUCUUCCUGCACCCGCUGAACGUGAUUGACAUUGUUUCCGUGGUGCCCAUCUACAUCACAUUCUUCUUCGACCUGGUGGCAGGCAGCGAGUCAGAGCUGGGGAAUCUGGGAAAGCUGGUGCAGGUGUUACGCCUCAUGAGGAUCUUUCGAGUGCUGAAGCUGGCCAGGCACUCCACCGGCCUGAGGUCUCUGGGGGCUACGCUGCGGCACAGUUACCGGGAGGUGGGCAUCCUCCUUCUAUAUCUGGCAGUGGGCGUGUCGGUGUUCUCGGGCAUAGCCUACACGGCUGAGUAUGAGGAGGACGUGGGACUGGACACAAUCCCAGCCUGCUGGUGGUGGGGCACGGUCAGCAUGACCACAGUGGGCUACGGCGACGUGGUGCCCGUCACCAUCGCCGGCAAGUUGGCGGCCGGGGGCUGCAUCCUGGGAGGAACCCUGGUGGUGGCCCUGCCGAUAACCAUCAUCUUCAACAAGUUCUCCCACUUCUACCGCAAGCAGAAGGCCCUGGAGGCCUCGGUGCGCAACAACAACCGGAGGAGGUGGAGGCGGCCGGGGGAAGAGACGGACGGCAGCUUGGACAGCCAGUGUUUGGAGGAGCUUGAGGAGGAUGAGGAUGAUGAUGAGGAAGAAGGGGUGGUGAACUACAGCUACACGGACAUCCCGCCUUCCUGGGAGAGUGUGGUGCGAAGGAAAGAGCCUCACGUCCUCUGAGCUCUGGGUUUCCGUGGUAAAACCUAAAGGUGCAUGAAGAAGCUGUAUAUUGCUGUACCUCAGUUAUACACCUUUCAUUUGUGUCACCUGCAUUACCUGUAGCAUCACGGUCAAGCAUGGGCUUUGCUCAUUGCCAGGACUUUGCAUUUGCAGUAAAAUAGAAAGUGUACCAAGGUCCCAGUCCAAUGCUGUGAAGCCCACUUAAGGCACCACUCUCAGACAAGAGAGCUGGCACUCUGGUACACCAUGUUUCCCCAUGCAUGAGGAAUUGCACCUCUUCUGUCACUACCCUGGUGCACCUCAUACAGGCUCAUGAAAACUUAAACAGCACUACUAUGUAGAGGACCUGGGAUGCUUUUACACGCCGCACC